AUGUCUCAUCUUCUGGCGGUCAAACAAAUAUUUCGAUACGUCAAAGGUACUAAGAGCCUCGGAAUUUGGUAUCCGGAAAAUGAAAGUUUCCUUCUUCAGAAAUACUCCGAUUCAAACUAUGUAGGUCUUCAAAUGGAUAGAAAAAGCACCUCAGGAGGUUGUCAAUUUUUGGGUGGAAGACUGAUUAGCUGGUCAUCUAAGAAACAAAAGUCCAUUGCUCUUUCAACAGCCAAAGCGGAAUACAAUGUUGCUGUUACUUUCAUUUCUCAAGUUCUUUGGAUGAAAUCUCAGCUUUAUGACUAUGAAAACAUUGAACUUAUUUUUGGUCCAUCUGACGAUGAAAUUGCUGAUGUUAUUACUAAGACAUUAGAUGAAACCAAAUUCAGUGGGUUUCUAAACAAAAUGGGUAUGAUGAUGCUUGAUCCUCAAUUCUUCCAAGAGGCUUUUACUCUCUGA